AUGGAUUACAGCGAAGUCACCCUCAGAUAUCCUUGGACGUCCGCCAUCGACAUCUGGACUGUCGGUUGCCUUGUGUUUGAAAUUCUCACCAAUUUGCACCUUUUCGGCCAGGACGCUCGUAAUUACUCGCAUGAACUCCAUUUGCAAUAUAUGGUAGAGGUUUAG